AUGGCGGGCGUAGGAAGCGGCCGACCCUGCGAGGUCGAGGAGAUUUCGCUGGGAGCCACGCGGGGGAUUCUGGUGAAACCCAAACCGGUGGUGGCGGCUUUGCCGUCUUUGCAAGCGCCUCAAGACCUGUCGUCAUGCGCCGUGGUUUUGCUGCCGGAUGUGUUCGGGUUCGACACUCCGGAGACUACGGGGGCGGCCAGGCUCUUGGCCCAGCAGGGGUAUAGCACGCUUGUGCCGGAUAUCUAUAGGGGUCAGGCAUGGCCGAAGGGGGUGGAACAGAGCCGUAGGGCGCUAACGGAGUGGUGUUCCUCGCAGGACCGAGAGCGCAUGUUGGCGGACGUCAAGGAAUCCGUGGUGUUUUUCAGGCAGCGAGAGGUGACGCGGCUAGCUGUCGUGGGUUUUUGCCUGGGGGCGGAUAUCCUCCUCGAGUGCGCGGCGAUAGAUGGUUUGUUUGACGCCGGGGUGGCGUUUUAUCCGACGGCGCCUUCCGCUGGAGCCCGAACACGCAUCCCGACUCUUUUGGUGUUUGGUGGAAACGACGACGCCUGCCCCCCUGAAACGGUGGCGUCGCUGCAGGCUAGUCUUGUCACCGGGGGCACCGUGAGCGAGGCAAUAACCAUUCCUGGCCAGCCACACAAUUUCGUGCUUAAGGGAGGGGAUGCGCAGGCGAUUAAGGAGGCACAUGCGCAACUACUGGGGUGGAUAGGCACGCAUGUGCACGCAAACUCGGGGAGCUGGGAAGUAGGAAGGCUAUCUCGAAGCGUUCUGACAGAGAGCGAUUGGUGGCCCGAGGGGAAGGGGCGCAGCUUCCGCCCGGCCGCCCGCGAGAUGUGGGAUAGGGCGAGGGAGACCUGGCGCAUUCAGCGGAGGCCAAGGCCCAGCCGCCCUCCUCGUGUCUCCUACGACUCCGUCGUGGAGGGGCUCGCCGCGACGAGGCGAACGUUCGAGCUGCCCGGGAGGAUGACCCUCCCCGAGAUCAUCGAAGUUUUCACGGACAUCUGGGAAGUCGAAAGCACGUUGUAGAGAGGGUGGAUGACGACAGGGCGAUGCUAACCCCCCAGCUCCGAACGCGUGGCUAAUGCUCUACAUAGCAACUAAGGCACGCAAAGCAGAGCUCCCCCACCCCCGGGAGCUGUGUGUGUGUCUCCGCUCAGAGCAAUCGUGUAGAGGACAAUGGGGGGCUAAUCCUGCCCGCGCCGCGGGAGGGUCUACUUAAAUAGCGCAACUGAGGCGGCUGGUGGUUGGGCGCAAAGCCGCAGACUUUGGUGGAGGGUAGGCAUGGGGAGGCGAAGCGUUCCGCCCGAUUUGGCGGAUAUCUUCUUCCCCCAGAAAUACUGGGAAGUAUAAUGAGGCCGUUUGCAUGUUGUACCUGGUCUAAGGGGCCACGGUCUCGGAUCGGGUUUUGGUUCGUGGCGGAAGUACGUAUGUAUGCGCCGUGUGCAUCGGUGCACCAGCAAUUAAGAAUUCAAUGUUGACGUCGCUUCUGUGUUGGUUACCGUUCUCUUUUUGCCCGCCCGCCCCCCCCCCCGAUUUUUGGGCUGCGUGCGUUGUUGGCCAACGUUCCAAAGUUGUGUUUCAUAAGUUGUUCGUGCGAGCGUGCACACGGCAUUGUCCCCCCCCUCGGUGUUUGCCAUCGGGGUUGAGUUUUCGUCGCUUGGCAACGUUGUAAAGCAAGCCAUUUCACUUCGUGAACUCGGCAACCAGGUUACCGUUUUUUUUUACCUCUGUUUUUUUUUUGGCGGUAACCAUAAUGGUGGUCGAGUAGAUCAUGUUGUGCGGGGUGGAGAAGCCUCACUCCGCGCAAGGGGGAUGAUCGCACCACGUUGUGUUAAAAUGGUCAAGCACCCUCGAGGCAGUUACACAGUGCUUACAACUGUCUCUGGAAGUGAAAGCACCAGAAAAUGAAUUAAGUCAUACGAAGCUGUCAUCCAUAUGCAAGGAAGUAAGCACAAGAUGCCGAACACCCUUUGCAGGAUGCAACGCACCCAUCNUGCAUCGGUGCACCAGCAAUUAAGAAUUCAAUGUUGACGUCGCUUCUGUGUUGGUUACCGUUCUCUUUUUGCCCGCCCGCCCCCCCCCCCCAUUUUUGGGCUGCGUGCGUUGUUGGCCAACGUUCCAAAGUUGUGUUUCAUACGUUGUUCGUGCGAGCGUGCACACGGCAUUGUUCAUGUUGUCUUUUCCCUCUAUCGUGGUGGGGCUGUCGUGUCGUCGUAAAAUACGAGUUGGCGCCGCCACUUACAGUAGUGUCCUGCCUGCAGGAUUUGAGCGGACCUCUGCAUGACGCUUCCAUGGUGCAGGGCGCACGUCUUGAAGUAGCUAUUUUGGCAUUUUUGGUUUUGCCUGAGCACAGCGGAAAAGGAAGCACGCCUCGGGCUCGCUUGCUCUUCUGCCAACUUUUUUUCUGCCCGGGGCGAUUGCGGUGUUUUUAAGGUUUAACCGAGACGGUCGUGCUUGUCUUGGAGUUCCGGCUAAUACCACUAGAGAGAAGUGUCCCGUUUCUCUGUGGUGGGUGUUCCCUCUUGCAUCGCUGCGCUUGUCGCAGUUUCACAACCGAAUAGACUGAUUGAACG